UCUCCAGCGGUGACAGACGCGUCUCACUCCGAAAACACACCGUUUAACGUCAGACAGGACUGCAUCCGUCAUCUCUAAUCGUCUGAUUCGAGCGCAGAAUGAUUUUAGACGCGCUGGGGACGCGUAACAACCUUCCACACUGACGAACCAUGAGAUUCUGGGCUGAAGUGGCUUCACCUGCGGAAUCCUCCGGCUGUGUUUUAGCUCGGAAUCAAACACGACUGGCGUUCGUUCAGGGCGCGUUUCUGAGCCCAUGGCCAGAGGAAUGACUCGCCCUUCUGUAAAACUCCUCACAACUUUACUCGCGUGCUUGAUAGAAAUGCACAACUUCAGGAUAACCGCAGGAAAAGAGUACGAGAGAAUAACGGGACGUGAAUCUUCAUCUGCGAUGUCUCCCUCUGAUUUCCUGGACAAACUGAUGGGCAGAACGUCAGGUUACGACGCACGGAUAAGACCCAACUUUAAAGGUCCUCCUGUGAACGUCACGUGUAAUAUAUUCAUCAACAGCUUCGGCUCAGUGACAGAAACCACUAUGGUGAGUGUUCGUCGUUUACUUUUCUUAAAGAUGCGAUGCGAUGCUCGUUGCAUCUCAAGUCAUGCUGAAGAACAUCAGUGUGUCGGUCACGUUGUCUGUAGGCUGACGUUAAUAUUGUCCUGUCCGAUGGAUCUGAAGAACUUCCCGAUGGACGUCCAGACCUGCACCAUGCAGCUGGAGAGCUUCGGCUACACGAUGAACGACCUGAUCUUCGAGUGGCUUGAUAAAGGUCCGGUUCAGGUCGCCGAGGGUCUGACGUUACCGCAGUUCAUCAUCAGAGACGAGAAGGAGCUGGGCUACUGCACCAAACACUACAACACAGGGAAGUUCACGUGCAUCGAGGUGAAGUUCCUGCUGGAGCGGCAGAUGGGAUAUUACCUGAUCCAGAUGUACAUCCCCAGCCUCCUCAUCGUCAUCCUCUCCUGGGUCUCCUUCUGGAUCCACAUGGAUGCGGCUCCGGCGCGGGUCGCGCUCGGCAUCACCACCGUCCUCACCAUGACCACACAGAGCUCCGGCUCACGAGCCUCGCUGCCCAAGGUGUCCUAUGUGAAGGCCAUAGACGUCUGGAUGGCGGUGUGUUUGCUGUUCGUCUUCGCCGCUCUGCUGGAAUACGCCGGCGUUAACUUCGUCUCCAGACAGCAGAAGGAGUUUCUGCGGCUGAAACGAAGACAGAGACGACAUCAGAAGGAGGAGGAAUUACAGGACGGCCGUCUGCAUUUCUCCGGAUAUAACACCGCGUCCUGCGGGAACGUGACGGACGGGACGAUGGUCAAAAACACGCAGACGAACGCCAAUCCGCCGCCGGCCGUCCCGAAGGACACCGACGUGAACCGCAAGAAGUUUGUGGACCGAGCGAAGAGGAUCGACACCGUAUCACGCGCCGCCUUCCCUCUGGCCUUCCUCAUCUUCAACGUCUUCUACUGGAUCACCUACAAGAUCAUCCGACACGACAGCGCCGGCAAAACCUGAUGCAGACACAAACACUGGGGAUAAU